UACACCCUUACCUAUCUAAAAGAUCCAUCUCCAACAAUUGGACAGGCUACAAUUGACAUACGCCCACUUCAACAGGACCUACCCAUUGAUUCAGUAUGGAAAUUUACACUGUCACCAUUUGAUACAUAGUUCAAAUAAAUUGCACUGUGGAGUUUUAAUCAAUACUUAACAGAUUUGUUGUUCUUAGGAAAGCUCGGGACAUGCCUCUGGUCCAGAAGGAGGUUCCCUUCUCUGAAAUGAAACUGCACCGAGCUAACUGGGAUGGCUAUGCACUUGUUAAAGAUAUAUAAGAAUUACAUAUUCAUUUUUCAAUAAGAAAUGUCUUUUUAGUUUUUGUGCACACAGAUGAGAGGAAAUGACUAUAACAUUUUCUGAACUUCAAGGACCCCCAUGCAGGAAACACAUAGAGAAGGAGAGGGAGACCGUGGUGAGGAGAAUGAUAGAGAGCCACCCACUGACAGGGACAGCGUUCCAGUGAGGCCUGAAACAUCUGUAGAGAGUGAAGUAGAACCAGUAGUGAUUGAAAACUGGAAGAUUAUUAAAGAACCAACUCUGGCUGCCCAAGUUUUCAAAGAUAAUCUACUAAGUGAACAUGCAACCGGGAAGCCUCUUAAACUGAAAAUGGAUGUAAGGGAGCGUGAGGAGGACAGGGAACGGGCACUUCUCUCAUUCUAUAAACAGCAACAGGAAUGGGCAUGUCCACUUCAUUGUACCCUUGAUGUUUUAUAGGUGAUGCUGCUGUUGGACAGGGAGUGAUGCGGUACUUUCUGACAACAAUAAUAUCCAAACUCCAGUUUGGAUUCAGAAUGAAUCUUGGAGGAGUGGGCCAAACUCUGCUAUUUGAAGGUGAGCCUGACCAUCUCGUUCCAGCUGCAUCAGAGGUGCUUAUUGAGAGCAACCUCUUCCGGGUUGCAGGAAGGAUGAUAGCCCACUCCUUUUUGCAUGAUGGCCCCCAUGUCACCGGAUUAAGUCCUGCUGUUAUUCAUGUACUGUUCAAUGGGGACCCUGAAAUGGCAACAAUUGUUGUCGAGGACUGUCCUGAUCUGCACAUCAGGAGUAUUAUAACAAUGCUUGAACUUGAAGAACUUACUCAGGAACAGAAGGACACAGUGUCAGAUCUUUCCCUGUCUUGGGAUCUCCCAGCAGUCACUAAAACGAAUCAGAGGUGGCUACAUAACAAACUUCUAGUACACGCGGUCAUCGGGAGGACCAUGCGCCAAAUUAAACAGUUGAGAAAGGGAUUGAAAGAUGUGAUGCUAUGGCCCCUGCUGACAUCAAGGCCAGAUGUUGUCCCACUUCUUUUUCUGAAAAUGGCAGGAAUGCAGUUUGUACCCCAGAUGUUCCUAGACAAAAUCACAUGGCCUGUGGAGGACAGUGAUGAUGAAGAACUUGACAUUGAGUGCAAGUGCCGCAUCACUGGUUUUCUACGGAUGUUCAUUGAAACAGCUUCAUCAGAUACUCUGGCUCAGUUGCUGAAGUUCUGGGUCGGCUGGGAAAUGCUCCCUCCAGAACUCAAAGUGGAGUUUUCCGGGGGAACCUUCCCAUCAUCCUCCACAUGCUUUGAAACACUGAAGCUGCCAGCUCAUUACAACACCUACAAAGACUUUGAGGAAGCACUUGUUGCUGCCAUAGACAGUGCACACACUGGAUUUGCUCUUGUUUAAGUAUUUUCAGGCAAUGAUGUUGCUGUGCUUUUAUUCAGUAGAAAAAGGUCAAUUUGAGUGAAGUGAGUUCAGUGUUUUUCUAACAUUUCAAAUACAGUGCAGUAUUUUCUUUCCCUGAAAAUGACACUGCUUUGUUGUUGCUCUUCUGUCAACUGUUUGAUACUUCAGUGUGCAUCACCUUGCUGUCCUUGCCUGUUGUCAUUGGCUACAUGAGGUUGUUGAAAUAUCUCUUGAUGCUAGAAAAAUUGGUUUUAUUUGCAUUAAAACAGCAUAUUAUUAUUUCAGAUUUUUAUUGACAAAUCAAGUUAACUAAUUCAUGAGUGACAUUUGCACAAUAAAUAAAAUAAAAGGCCUGCUUAA